AUGGAGACUAACUUGAUUUCUUCUCCACAGGUGCCAAAAGCCCGGGGAGCAGGCAGGUCGGGCCCGCGUAGACGGACAGGGUGCCUAACAUGCAGGGCCCGUAAAGUCCGGUGCGACGAAGCAAAACCAAGCUGCUCCAAUUGCGAUCGACUCCGUCUACGAUGUUCGUACAAACCCCCUAUCCCCCCCGGUGUGGGGUGGGGUUCAUCACCAACUCACCCAUCAAACAAUACAACUGCAUCACCGAGUAGCACAUCGAUCUUAGAGGGUCCAGGCUCAUCCGCUAUAUCUGCGAGUGUAUCCCGCUCCUCCGACAUAAACUUCUUUAGUACGGUGCUCCGCGCAGACGGCCACCACACAAUACCAGCGCCGACAGCCACACUUCGGCAGCUCCCUACAGACCAGGACGUCUAUCCUUCCGAGUUUGACAUGCUUGGAUUUAUGGGUGGGAUCACUUCUGAGCUGGAACAGAAACAUUUGGACUUGACAACAGGCCUUGCGGUGGCUUUCACCGCUAGUCCAGCCUCGCAGUCGCUACCCGCAACACUCAUACCAGGCAUGGACGAAGGGCAUUUUUCAGCAGACCGUCGUAUUCCGCUUACUCCAGAUACAUCAUCUUCAAUUAUUGAUGGUACCUCGACCAGCAGUGCUUCGGACGUGCCAACUGCGCGAGGUAGCUUGUCCGACACAGGCGGUACUUCGUAUGAAGACCACCUGUUGAAGCACUUUCUGACUAUUGACCCGCCGGCUGCUCUUUUCGCGCCGGUCAACAUCGAGUGGAAGUAUAUGCGGCCAGCACUGCUGGCUCAUGCACGAGAUUCCAGUUCGCUUUUGAAUGCGUUGUACUGCUAUGCAGAUGUCCAUAAAGCGAUGAUGGAAGGGAAAAGAUGGCGCUGGGCGCCUACUUUUUACAGAGUGGCCAGUUCGGAGAUCCAAGCUUCUAUUCACGGCGAGGUGACCGACUCUACGCUUAUCAGAGUUUUUGGUUCUAUUUUUCUCUUAAUGAUAUCCGAGAUUCUCUCAUCUCCCGAAAUAUGUACCGGAACCUCGUAUGUUCACUCCGGGUACCAUAUUAUACAACGAUUUCACAAUCGUACCAAACAUUGGACUGGUCUCGGCCAUAUUCUGGUAUCAUGGGUUUUGCUGCUAGAUGUCAAGUCCCUGAUUGCAGGCCGAGAUGGCGAUCCUCUCGCUGAGCUUGGCAACAUCCCAGAACAUAGCAUACCACUGAAACCACUAGAUAUACAACCUUCCCAAUCACCUCACCCAACAGCGCCAGACUACAAAGAAGAGGACAGCAUCGAAGACCCAUUCGUCAGUCCCAGCUACCUCGUCUACGAAGCAAUCGUAGGCCCAGCAUUCCGAUUCUUCGUGCAAGCGCAGCAAGUCGUCCGGCGCAUAGUCUGCAUCGACCUCCACCACCGCAGCCGCGGAACUCUCACCGACGAGUUCGAAGUCCUCCAGCUCGCCCACAAAGUCGGCGCAGACCUCGAAACACUCUGGCACAGACGUCCCUCAGCAAUUGACAUCUACGGACGACCAGAGGCUCUAACAGAUAUCCUGCACGCGCCUGUUGCAUUGGAAAUCUGCCGCACAUUCAGACAGUACGUCGCCAACUUCUUGGCGAACUUUAUAUAUCUGCAUCGCGUUGCUUUUGCAAUCUACCCUCGGACAGACCGUGUCAACGGUGCAGUCGACCAAAUUAUUCAACUGGCUACCGUCGACUCUAUCGGCCCGGACCAUCUACCAGUCAGCUUCCUGUGGCCGCUGUUCGUGGCUGGGCUCGAGGGUACGGAUGACCAGCGCAAGUGGAUUGUCCACGAGAUUCAGCGCAUGGCUGCUGCCCACGAAGCUGACUCGGCGCCUUCAAUCACUCGCCACCCGUCUGCUGAUAGAGUCCUCGUGCUUGUGGAGGAGAUGACUCGGCGGCAGGAUGUGUCGCGCACAUGGGCAGACUCGAAAUGUGUGAGGCGGGAAAUGUUUUCAGAUUUUUUUGUUAUAAUUUGA